AUGCAGAUCCAAGAAGACAAGGUGGAGAACCUCGCCUACUUCAUGCGCUUCGCCCAGGCAGCCUUAAACAAGGCUGCUGCAGAGAUGGAGCGCGAAGGAAAGUCGCUCGACAAGGAGCAGCUGAAUCGGCCCUUCCAAUCUUUGGACUUCUUGGUCAGAGACUGGCGGCACUUCAGGGAUGACUGGACCGUGGAAGAGUGCAAGGAGCAAAUGGUACAGCACUUCAAUCGGCAUGUUAGUCCUCAGAAGUUGGUUGAGAACAGCACUGCCGAGGCGCUGCAUGCAAUGUUCCAGCGCUUGCAGUGCUUCUGCCUGCCCCAUCCUGGUCUGACAAUCGAGAAGGAGACCUGGACUGGGAAGGUGGCAGACAUUAACAAGGACUUUAUUCGCUUUGUCGACCUUUACGUCCGCGACGUCUUCACCACAGGCUUGAGCACCAAGAAGAUCUUGGGCUCCGAGUUGAGUACCAUCAGUUUUUCCAUGGUGCUGAAAGACUUUGUCAGCGCCUUCCACGACGCCGCCCCAGCGGCGAUGUCCUUUACCCAGGCCAUGGAGAAUGCCACCGUGCUGCUGGCAAAGGAGAAGGCGAUGAAGAGCUUCACCAAAGUGAUGGACGAGGAAGUGCAGCAGCAUCCUCGAGGCAUGAAGCCAGAAGAGUUCAAGAGCUUGAGCAAGCGCAUCAGCAGGCAAGUGGAGGAUGACUUCAAGAGUGUCACGAUCUUCGGGCUGUCACCUUAG